UGGUCUCUUUUAAGCCUUACAGCUUUCCGUACCAAAAUAGCAAUGGCCUCCUCGGAGGACGUAAACGUCCGAAUUUGCGGACAAGAAGUAAUAAAAUACGACCUGGAGAUAAAGGCUCUCACUCAGGACAUCAUUAAUUGUCCUGGACCUCAUUCUGCUCUCGCAGAGCUCAACUCUCGGGUCAAAGAGAAAUUCAACAAGCUGCGGCUCAGGAUACAGGAUCUGGAGCAGAUGGCUCAGGAGCAAGACACGGAGUCCACCAGACUGCCCAUCCUCAUGGAGAUGGAGAGCCAGCGACGCCAAAUGCUGAGCAACCAGACAGCAUGGCGGAAAGCCAACCUGGCCUGUAAACUCGCCAUAGACAACAUGGAAAAAGACGAGCUUCUGCACGGAGGAGAAAGCCCGAGCACCAGACACAGGAAAGUGACCAAAGAAAGUUUAGUGGAAAGCAGCAGCAACAUCACAGAGAGUCUGAUGUCCAUCAGCAGGAUGAUGUCAGAGCAGGUGAAGCAGAGCGAGGACACCAUUGGCACUCUGGCCACCUCCUCUAAAACAGUGCAGGAAGCCAAUGAGGAGUUCAAAACCAUGACGGGAACCAUCCACCUGGGGAGGAAACUGAUCCUGAAGUACAACCGCAGGGAGCUCACAGACAAGCUGCUCAUCUUCUUGGCUUUAGCGCUUUUCUUUGCCACUGUUCUCUACAUCCUUAAGAAACGCCUCAUCCCCUUUGUUUAAUGAGCCCGCUGGGUCUGCAUCUACCUCGUGAUGAGCUCCCUGCCAGGAUUGUAAGACGAGGAACAGCAGAGCAAUGAGCCAUCUGGAGCAGAAACUACCUAGUUAGAGAAGAAGGAAUAUCAGAGAUGUAAUCUUGCUUAGGAUGCAGGAGGUUAGUUUACAAAAAUCAGCUGUGAACGUGAGGACUAAAGCUGCACACUGCUUGAUUGUUAACAAUGUUUGGACUUACUGGAGUAACUGUUGGGACAUUUAGACAUUCUUCUAAUUAGAUAGAAUUUACAAAAAAGCAAAAAUUUGGUUGGCAUCUGCAACAGAAUGCAAUAACAUCAGUUUGUUCCUGAAUGUGUUCAUGUGAGUUUUCUGGUUAACUGGUCCAAAGGUGAAUGUUAACUCCACAUGACGUGCCUUUCUUCCUUCAUUUUAAUAAGACAAAAAAAUCUCCACAAUAAUGUUUUGACAUUAUUUUACAUCACAGAAAAGUCUUGUGAAAGGAGCUUCAGGAACAAACAUGGAGGUUUUCCAACGUGUCGUGAUUUGUUAAUCUUAUGACGAAACAUGUUGUACAGAUGUUUUUGCUCAUUUACUUUUCUAGUUUUUAACAUCUAUGUAGGAGGAAUUAAAAAGACAUGGAAGCAAAGUGCUACAAUGUUUAAACUUUUUUUUAAUUUUAAAGAUAAAUUACAUGUUGCAGCUCAUGCAAUUUUCUUCAGCAUUGUCUGUAAGUAGUAAUCUUUUUAAGUUGUGACUUGAACAUAAGAGAAUCUAUAGAUGGUGCAACAAACAAAAGUGUUUUACCAGCUCAAAAAGGUUAAAAUGCUGUUGAUAACAGAUCGCCAGUAAUUAUAAGAGUAGUUUAAUUGUAACGCCAAUAAAGGCUUUUCUACUGAUUUAUGUUGAAGGGUCAAAAUAAGUCUUGAGAAAAACAAGAUGGAUAUUUGGGAGAUUCAUGUGCGAUUUUCUGUCAUAAACAAAUGAUUGAAUGAAGAAAAUCUAAAAUCUUUCCAUGGUAUGAAUAAGACUAACUGUAUGCUUGUAUGGGUUAUCAAUAAAAUGGCAAAUUACUGCUUAAAACAU